AAGGAAAGGGGAAAAAAACAGAGGAAAGAAACGCACCAAAAAGGUCAUCUCGUCUUCCUCGGUAUCUGCCUCUCCCUCUCUCUCUUCCUUCUUUCUCUCUCUAAACGCAGAAAGAAAUGAGCCAGUGCGUUCCGGACUGGGAUUUCGACGACUCCGGCGGCGGCGGCAACCAUCCCACGCCGUGCCGACGCUCUCUCCGCUCUCACUCCUUCAAUCCCAGCACGCCCGAUGUUCCCAUGUCGAACUACGAGGUCGCCGAGCUGACGUGGGAGAACGGGCAGCUCGCCAUGCACAGCCUCGGCCUCCCGCGCGCCCCCGCCAAGCCCCUCCCCUCCUCCACCGCGCCCUCCAAGUACGCGUGGGUGGACAAGCCGCGCGCCGCCGCCAACGCCGGGGCCGCCAACGCCGGCACCGGCACCCUCGAGUGCAUCGUCAACCAGGCCACCGCCCUGCCCCGCCGGAAGCUGCCCUUCGAAGCCGCGGCGGGCGAUCUCGUCCCGUGGUUCGACCCCUCGCGCGGUGCCGCCGCCACCGCCACCGCCGGCACCAUGACGAUGGACGCGCUGGUCCCCUGCGCCGGCGCCGGCGCCGACGACCGGACCACCGCCCACUUCGUCGACUCCGCGGCCGGCAGCGGCGGCGGCGUCGGGACGUGCGUCGUGGGCUGCUCCACGCGCGUGGGGUCGUGCAACGGGGCGGCGGCGCCGGGGCCCGCGCAGGAGAAGGACGCGCUGGCGGCGAGGAAGCGCGCGAGGGUGGCGCGCACCGCUGCGGCGGCGACUGUGGCGGCGACGGCGGCGGAGUGGAGCGGGAUGGACCAGAGCGCGAGCGGGAGCGCGACGUUCGGGAGGGACAGCCAGCAGAUGACGCUGGACACGGGGGAGAUGGAGAUCGGGGCCGGGAUGACGUCGACGUCCCUGGGGUCGCCGGAGAACACCAGCUCCGGGAAGGGCUGCACGAGGGCGACGGCGGCGGCCGACGACCACGACUCCGUCUGUCACAGCAGGCCUCCGAGGGAGGGCGGCGACGACGAAGACAACAAGAAGCGGAGCGGAAAGUCUUCAGUGUCCACCAAAAGGAGCCGAGCCGCCGCUAUUCACAACCAAUCUGAACGUAAAAGGAGAGAUAAGAUAAACCAGAGGAUGAAGACGCUGCAGAAGCUGGUCCCCAAUUCUAGCAAGACGGACAAGGCGUCGGUGCUGGACGAGGUGAUCGAAUACCUGAAGCAGCUCCAGGCGCAGGUGCAAAUGGUGAACAGGAUGAACAUGCAGCCGAUGAUGAUGCCGAUGGCAAUGCAGCAGCAGCUCCAGAUGUCGAUGAUGGGCCCGAUGGGGAUGGGGCUGGGGAUGGUGGGGAUGGGGAUGCCCGGGAUGGGCAUGAUGGACAUGAACGCCCUUGGCCGCUCCAACCUCGCUGGCAUCUCUCCCGUCCUCCACCCAGCCGCCGCCGCCUUCAUGCCCAUGGGUUCUUGGGGGGAUGGCGGCGACCGGGCAGCCACUGCCACCACGGCUCCGAUGGUCAUGCCUGACCCGAUGUCCCCGUUCCUCGCCUCCCAGUCACAGCCAAUGACGUUGGAUGCCUACAGCAGAAUAGCGGCCAUGUACGCUCAGCAGAUGCAUCAGCCGCCACCUUCCGGUUCCAAGAACUGAAGUAAUUUCAGCAGCAAGGGUUGCUCUUUUGGCAUGGUCUGGUCUUGGAUAAGUUCGCAAUCGCAAGCAAGUGUUGUGACAAUUUUUUUUGUCUAGUCUAGUAUACCAUUGAAGCACGUGAGAUGAUCUAGUUCAAUGGAUAGGAAAUUCGGUAUUCGGUCGUUCUUUUUGUACUUUCGUGUCCCCAGCUAGAUGAAAGAUUCUUUAUAUAAGUGUGUAUAUAUAUUUGAGGAAUUUAUAUGUAUAUAAAUAUGAAGUGAUGUCCCGCCCCUUUUGUUAUUACUGUCAGUUAUUCUGA